AUGCAGCAGUCAAUUCUGAACUUCCUCAGGAAGAACGUGUCUACAUUCGCUUGGUCUAUGGCAGACAUGAAAGGUAUUGAUCCGACUAUAACGACUCAUGAGCUAAACGUCGACCCGACAUUCAAACCUAUCCGCCAGAAGCGACGUAAGCUCGGCCCUGACAGGUCGAAGGCCGUAAACGAAGAAGUUGACAAGCUACUCGGCGCAGGUUCGAUCGCUGAGGUCCGCUACCCCGAAUGGUUGGCAAAUCCGCGCGUCUGCGUCGACUUCACCGAUCUGAAUAAAGCUUGCCCAAAGGAUAGCCACCCUCUUCCCAACAUUGACCGUUUAGUCGAGUCUACGGCCGGAAACGAGAUGCUGACCUUCAUGGACGCCUUCUCUGGAUACAAUCAAAUAAUGAUGCACCCGGAUGAUCGCGAGAAGACAGCCUUCAUCACAGAUAAGGGAACCUACUGCUAUAAGGUCAUGCCGUUCGGUUUGAAGAACGCCGGAGCAACCUAUCAACGACUUGUGAACAAGAUGUUCGUAGACAAGCUGGGCAUCACCAUGGAAAUGUACAUCGAUGACAUGCUGGUUAAGUCGCUCCAUGCCACUGACCACCUCCGUCAUCUGCAAGAAUGCUUCGAAACUCUCAACAAAUACGGCAUGAAGCUGAACCCAGCAAAAUGCACGUUCGGAGUCUCUUCAGGCGAAUCUGGCAGACUCACGAAGUGGGCCAUCGAACUCGGCGAGCUCGAUAUUACCUACAAGAACCGCACAGCGGCGAAGUCCCAAGUCCUCGCGAACUUCCUGGUCGAGUUGGCCCCAGAAUUGGAACAAGAUCUUAUACUCCCAAGCUCAAACUGGACGCUUCACGUCGAAGGAUCAUCGACCACCAAGGGAGCAGGAGCCAGAGUCCAACUACAGUCCCCGACCGGAGAGCUAAUCAGGCAGUCUUUUAGCUUUGGCUUUCCCGCGUCAAACAACGAAGCAGAAUACAAAUCUCUGAUCGCCGGACUCCGCUUAGCAAAAGCCGUAAAAUCUAAACGACUAAGCGCCUAUUGCGACUCUCAAUUAGUCGUCAGUCAGUUCAGCGGCGACUACGAUGCCCGCAAUGACCGAAUGGAUGCCUAUCUCAAAAUAGUGCAAAGCCUGACAGCAGAGUUCGGGUUCUUCGAACUCAUCAAAGUUCCCAGAGGCGAAAACAUCUGCGCCGACGCCCUCACGGCCCUUGGCAGCAAGCUUCGUGAUCAAGUUAAACGAACCAUCCCGAUACAUCGUAUCGAGAAACCAAGCAUCGAUAUUCCUAUCGAACAAACCCUCGUUGCCCCGCUACUCCAGAUGACGACGGAUUUGAACUGA